AUGCAAUAAUAAGAAUCAACGCAAUAAUAAGAAUCAAUACAAUAACCACCCUUUAAUUAGGAAUGUCCUUAUAAUUCUGUUUAACUUCAUUCUAUUGUAUUUAACAAUGUUUGGGAUUACUUAAUACAUCUUUAAAAAUGUCAUCUAAUAAAUUAGAGAUCUGAAAUCAGAAAAUCUUCAGAAUAUUAUAUGUGUCAUAAUUGUCUAAAGGUCUUUGAAGAAUUCCAACAAUUAUUAGAUCACAAAGACUCUGAAUAAAUAAACACCUUUGAAAAUGUAUUCUAUUAAAUACCAGGACAUUUAAUACAUCUUUCAAAGAAAGGUAAAUGGGAAAUCAUUUAACUAAUUGAAAAUUAUAAAGAACAUUACUUAAAUAAACAGGAUAAUGAAACUGAUUGUAUAUCUCCUUAAAAAAAAAUUGAUACUCAAAAUAAUCCUAAAAAAAUAGUUACUAAAGUUAAGAAUCUAUAAAUUGAAAGAAAAGAGAAAUUGUAAUUGUAUUUGUUACAAUCCAUAGUUUUAGAGUCUGCCUAUCAUAAAUUAUUCAAUCAUUAUAAAGAUUUAUCAAUGAUCAAUAAAGAAUAUCCUUAUAAAUUAACAAAAGAUUCAUUUCAUUAAUUAAUGGUUAAACAUAAUAUAAUAUUAACUCCAAAAUUGUAUGAUCAAACUAAAGUAUGUGAAUUUAUGGAAGCAGCUCUAACUAAUCCAGAUGAUCACAUAAUAUAUAUGAAUAGGAGAGUUAUUAAUAAAUUCUUGUAUCUUUGGAUAUUGAUUCAUGAAGAUGUGAAUCCAUUUUCAGGAGUUUAAUUUGAAGAACCAUGGGUUAUCUUAGCAAUACCAACAUCAUCUGAAUAAUUAUUGAUAUUAUAAGUCUAAAAGCAUUCAGAUAAUAUAGAAUUAUUAGAAUUACAAAAUCAAUUAAAUGAAUAAUUGGAAAUAGCAAAAUAAUUAGAAAUAGAAAAAUUAAAAUUUGACUAGAAGAAAAUUGAAGAAAGUAAAGUUUUAGAAUAAAAGAUCUUAAAACUUGAAAACUUAGAAACACAAUUAAGAAUUCAAUUUACUACUUAAAAUAAGUAAUAAAAUGACUUUGAAUCAGUAAAAUAAUAAUUAAAAGAAUAGUCUAUAUUAGAUCUAUAAGAUCGUAGUAAUAAACUUGAUCAUUAUUAUUAAUUCUAAAGAGUCAAAAUAUAGAAUGAUACUACUAAUCAAUCUGAAUUAUUUAAAUUAGCUGAUUCUUUUGCAAAAGAGAAAUAAAAAUUACAAUAAAGAGUCGAGAUUUACGCUGAGAAAAGAAACAAGAUACAUUAUGAAACUCAAGAUCUAAAGGCUUAGAUUACUAAUUUGGGGGAAAAAUUAUUGAAAGAUGAAUAAGAAAGAAUGAAAAAUAAGACAAGAAGAAGAUAAAGAAUUAUAUAACAUUUAUGUAUCAAAUGUUAAAAGAAUACAAGAGAAAUUAUUCAUUUUCCAUGUUAACAUUUCUUAUUUUGCACAUAAUGUAUCAUUUAGGGAAUGGUUGAAAAAAGAUAGUAAUGUCCUUUAAUAGCUAUUGGUUAAUGUAGAGAUUAGAGAUAUUUGGAUAAGAAAUUUAAGACUGUUAGAUUCAGCAAAAAUGAUUGA